GUGUGAUAUCUUCUCGCGUUUUGCUUGGGAUGUGCAACGACUGUUUUUAUGGCAUUUUUGGGACGUUUCCGCGGUUCUCUCCCCGGGUACAAGAGGAACAUCACGGCGCGAGUUAGCUCACGUUAGCUCGCUAACAAGGGACGCAGCGAUAUCCAGGCCAUCUGGGGAGGAGGCACGCCGGUGCCGAGCGUUACGGAGACAGGUGCACAGCCGACUCGAUCAACGCUGUCUGUUGUGGGAUCGAUCAAAUCAGAGGCUAAGAACAAUAUUGCAGUUUCUGUGACAGUGAACAGAGAGACUUUUAUGAAGAAAACGGCAGAAUGGAAUUCGAAAUUCUUAAGUCUUGUACUUGCAGGAUGAUGGCUGUCUAGUCUGGCAAAGAUAUUUACAUGGAUCACAGAGGGCAACCAAGAAAUAAAAUGCUGUUUGUGAUCAACAACCACCACAUCUGACUUAAAGACACAUCAUCCGAUUGACUUCAGCGCAUGUGACUUCUUGAGCUGUUUGUAGACUUCUGUUGGGGGCCCUGAGGCUUGCCACUAUGCACUGUAAACAGAAAUACUCAAGCUUUGGGGAUGCUGGUGCAAGCUGGUGUGUUUGGAGCAGAACUAUCUCCCUUUUACUUGGGCUUCUGGUGACCAUGGGCCAGGGCACUAUGCCAGUACAGCAGGAGUCCCUGGUCGAGAUGAUGUCUGUGGAACUAGAAGCUUCAAUGCUGUCGUCUGUGCUCUCUGAGCUCCAGGCUGCAGCAUCUUCAGUUAUUGAGACGCCGCCAACAGGUAACCCAAAUUCCUCUAAGAAUGAAGGGGUCCAAACUGGUAUUCCUGACUCCACUGCAGUCAUAGGCCAAGUGUUCCAGCUGAGAGUUCCACCUGGUCCUACCAACGCAAGCUGUAACGUUCAUGUGACUGAGGUGGGAAAGGAUACAUUGCCCUCCUGGUUACAUUGGGACAGACAAGACUGCAUUCUCAGAGGCUUGGCUCUGGAGCAGGAUAAAGGUGUUCACCAGAUAUUAGUUUCUGGAGAAGAAAUGACUGCAACAGCUGGCAGCCAAGUUGUUCCUAGUACAGUGUUCUCUGUUGAGGUAUAUCCAGAAGACAGGCCAGACACUGAACCGACCUUGCUUAUUUUGCAGUCCGAUGUUGGUAGCCUCCAGUCUUUCAGCUGUGGAGCCGAAGAGCCUGUCACUGUCCUCACUGUCAUUUUGGAUGCUGACUUGACAAAAAUGGCAGCUGAACAGAGGGUCAACCUACUGAGGGUUAUGAGGAAAUUCUCACAUGUGCCCUUGGAACAGAUGAGAGUUGUACCUGUGGUCAACAACCGUUUGUUUGACAUGUCUGCUUUCAUGGCUGGACCAGGCAAUGCCAAGAAAGUGGUAGAGAAUGGGGCCCUGCUGUCAUGGAAACUGGGAUGUGCUCUUGACCAGAGUAGUAUUCCUGAUAUUAGCAGUGUUCAGUCCCCAGCAAAGAAUGGGACUAUGUCAGCCAAGCUUGGUUAUCCUGUGGUUGGUUGGCACAUUGUCAACAAAAAGCCUCUUGUGGUGAAACGAGUGAGAAGGCAUUUGUACAACACUCCUACCCCUGUGCCAUCUUUGGUUCCACCAACUACUCAUCCAGAGCCCCCUGUGCGUAUUGUGCCCUCCCCAACAUCUCCCUUUAUUGCACCUGCAACAGACAACUCUGCUCCCCCUGUCCGUGGUCCUUUGCCUCUUCCAGUGAAACCCACUAUUAGAGUCAGAGAUCAGAUAGCCCACACACCUGUCUUUGGACCUCCCCAACCCACCAGGGUUUUAGGAACUACAAGUGCCAUACCAAUCCAGCCUACAGUGACUCGGCCUACAUUUGUGGAGGCUACUGCUGUGCCAACACCACCAAGCACCAACAAAAGACCUAAACCUUCAGCAACUAAAAAACCCAAGAAAAAAUCAUCCACCCCCGCUCCAAAGGAACCUAAGUCUACCACAGCUAAACCACCCAAGCGCACCACCACACUAUCUGUUCAUUCUGACUCUAAUCAAAUCCCAGAGAUUCGAAAUCCCAUUGAUCAAGUGAAUGCAUGGGUAGGCACCUAUUUUGAGGUCAAAGUUCCUCCAGAUACCUUCUAUGACAGAGAGGAUGGUACCACUGAUAAGCUGCGUUUGACUUUGAAGAAGACCCCCAAAGAGGCAGUGAGUGAAACAUCCUGGAUCCAGUUCAACAGUACUAUCCAGCUUUUGUAUGGUCUUCCAGAGGAGCAGCAUGAAGGUAAACAUGAGUACUUCAUGCUGGCAACUGAUAAGGGUGGUAAGAGUAUCAUGGAUGCAUUUGAAGUUCAGGUUAAUCGUUGGUCAAUUAAUGACAAACCUUCAGUUGUGUUUGCUGCCCGUUUUCAUGGGGACCCUAAAACCUUAGCCAAUGAUGUGCAUAAGAAGAUUCUUUUGACCAAAAAGUUGGCUUAUGCUGUUGGAGAUCGCAACAGCAGCACAGUAACUUUGAGAAGUAUUACCAAGGGUUCCAUUGUAGUUGAAUGGACCAAUAACAGUCUUCAGCAGAGCCCGUGUCCAAAGGAUCAUAUCACCAUUCUAAGCAACAGAAUCUCUGAUCCACAGGGCAUGCCUAAACUAACCUUCACUAAAGCAAUGGAACCUGAAUUCAAACCCAUUAACAUCUCUGUUCGUGGUACCAACAAAUGCCAUAGCUACAUGUUCAUCCCACCAGGAGAAGUGCCAAUGCCUGUUCUUCCCACAGCUACUCCAUCACCUGGAACUGGUCGCAGGAGCAGUGAUGAUGUUUACUUGCACACAGUUAUCCCAGCUGUAGUGGUAGCAGCCUUGCUGCUAAUAGCUGGUGUUAUAGCUAUGGUUUGCUAUCGCAAGAAGCGCAAGGGGAAGAUGACUAUUGAGGAACAGGCCACUUUUAUUAAGAAAGGAGUCCCCAUAAUAUUUGCAGAUGAGUUGGAUGACUCAAAGUCACCACCAUCUUCUAGUAUUCCCCUUAUCCUUCAGGAAGAAAAGCCUCCGCUACCCCCUCCGGAGUAUCCCAACAUGGCCGGCCCACACAGUACCCUGCUCAACCAGGAUCUGCUAGAAGAGUAUUCACUUUAUCAAGAUGACGAUCCUAAUGCUCCCCCCUACCAGCCCCCUCCACCAUUCACCGUUCCCAUAGAAGGCAAAGGCUCUCGUCCCAAGAACAUGACCUCUUACAGGUCACCCCCUCCCUAUGUGCCUCCCUAAUGCUUACAGAGUCUUCAGUUUGAGGAAGCGAUGCAGAGAUGCUUGUUUAAAACUACUACAGGGACAAUUUUAAAUGUGUUUGAUCAAAUGACUUUGUAGAAGCGCAGGCAGCCAUACCCGUAAAUUUGCUCAUCAUGGUUAAGACAAUGUUACGUUUGUUUUCACACAGAGCAAACUGAUGGGAAACUGUUGGCAGUUUCAGCAGAUUUUUGUGUUCUCUUUAAGAUUUGCUUUUGGCUUCUGCAUAUCUUUUGACUCUUUUAGCCAAGAAGUCAAUUUUAUCUUCACUGAUGUACUAUUUCUAUUGUAUAGAAGAUAAUGAAGCAGGAAAAACUGAAGCUCACAAGGCCUCUGAGCAGAUGUCACCAUGACAACAGACUUGAGACUUUCCCUCAGUGUUAAUCUUUUGAGUUAUCUUAUCUCUCCUUUGGCUAGGUUUACUAAGAUUUUGCACCUGUUAUUUCUUGAGGGGAAUUAGUACAAAAACCCAAUCUGAAAGCAUGAAAGACUCAGCCAAACAUCUGUUUGUUUAGACAUUAAUCUUUCCGUUUUCUCCCAUGCUUUGCUCCCUCUUGACAAUAACAUGCAAUCUUUGCACUUAUGCAAAUUCUUGUUAAACCUUGCACUAUGAGCCCUGUCAAGAAAUGCGUGCUCUAAGCAGUAGUUUAACAAAGAUGUUUUUUUUUUCCUCCUUUCUUCUUUUCCCCUCUCUACACUGGACUUGCCACACAAUUGAGAUUCUUCUGGUACGUGAUCAAAGAGGACAUUACGCUGAUCAUGUUUGUUGUAGAUGUCAAAUUGCAAAGCAGUUACUUUGUCGGUGGGUGGGUCCACCACUGAUCUUGCCUGAAAAAUGACUGGUAUUACUGUUACCAAGGUGAUGUGUGGUGACAAAGCAAGGUGCCAGGUUGUUCCAGCUCUAAUGAAGAGUGCAGUCAGUCAGACUGCAGUUCAAAGCAGGGUCUGAUGUUGAGGCAGAUCCGUUGUCUUGUACUUUUUAAUUUUUUUUUCCUUUCACUCCAUGAUGGGUGGGAACAAACAGUACUGUAUUAUCACUGCGCCUCUUUACGAUGUUCCACUGUAUUGAGUGCACUGUCUGUCAGUUUGGAUGUGGCGAGGGGACAAGGGGUGUACAUAAUUGUGUGAGAACUCCAUGAUGUUGACGUUUUAUCAGUAAACCUGGUUGAGAAUGGAAGGGUGAAAGUGGAAAGUUUUAUUUUUUAAUUGUAUGUUUUAGAUUUAUUAUCAUACAGUCACUAAAAAAGUUAUAGGUUAUUGGGGAUACAAAAUGUUUCCCAUGACAAUGUAAUACAUCAAACAGUAUGAUGUGAACAAAGAAACCACAAAUAUGUGAAUUAUGUACAUUUCAUAUCUAUCAAGAAAAAAUGGUCAAAUCUAAUGUUUUUACUGAGUUUUUGAUACAGUCUUAAACUUGUUUUAUGAAAAUAUAUUAAUAAAAUGUAAUACUAUUUGUAAAGUCUCAA